AUGGCGGACAAAGAAGUUAAAAAUAAUUGCCUAAAUCUUGUGGCUGAUUGUUGCAAUUACAAAUUACCUGAUUUUGAAAAAUUUCCAUUUUUUAUAACUCAUUCGAUUCAUAAAAAAUUUCCAUCUUUUCUUCCUGAAGCUUAUACACCAUUGGAUGAAGGGAUUGAAUGCAAGAUAAAAAAAAAAAUUCAAAAAUGUUUAAUUGCUCCUCGUCCUGUUUGUAAAAAUCCUCCUCUUCAACCAUCAAUGUUAUGCCAAUUUACUCCUUUACCUGUCGGGUAUGAUUAUGAAUGUUUAUAA